AUGGGUAUCGAGUACGUGGAAUUUACCGAUCCAAAUGACCCCCUUAACCCCUUGAACUGGCCCUUGGCCAAGAAGGUCUACACCCUCGCACUACUGGGGGUAGCGGCCCUGACUGUGAUCAUCGCAAGCAGUAUAUUUUUCGCCACAAUACCUGAUGUGAUGGUCCUCUUUGGUGUUGGGAGAGAGGUUGGAAUGUUGGGUAUUUCUCUCUAUGUGUUGGGGUUUGCCUUUGGACCACUAUGCUGGGUCCCUUUCUCCGAGCUCCAUGGAAGACGCACCCCGCUGGUGGUUUCCAUGGUUGGAUUCACCGUGUUCAUAUUCGUAAUCGGGCUUGCUCCAAGCCUCUCUGUUCUUCUGAUUUUCAGAUACUGUGCGGGGCUCUUUGGUGCUGGCCCUCUAACACUCGCUGGUGCUACUCUAGCAGACCUCUCCUCUUUUCCGAAACGAGCGGCAAUAGUUGCUAAUUUCUGCGUCACUACAUUUAUCAGCACACUUGUUGCACCUUUUAUCGGUGGAUUUAUAGUGAUGGAUGCUGCCCUUGGCUGGCGCUGGACGGCAUUCCUUCCAGCUAUCCUGGGCGGUGCAAUCAGCCUCCUCUUGAUGACCACUUUCCACGAGACUUAUCCUCCCAUUAUUCUGGUUUCCAAAGCGGGCCGGCUUCGCCACAAGAGUGGGAUAGGGGAACAGAGCCAGCUCAUAAUCGCAGAGCAUGAGGUGUCGGUAAACAUCCGCAGCCUGCUUGAUACUUACUUGUCGCUGCCGUUUAAGAUGUUAGCAUUUGAUCCUAUCGUGUUGGGGAUGAGCAUCUUUGGGUCGUUUAUGUAUGGUCUGCUGUACUGGCUUCUGACCGCGUACUAUGUGAUUUUCCAGCAAAUCCGCGGCAUGAAUCCUGGCACUGGGGCAUUACCAUAUAUCGCGAUAGUGGUUGGCCAAUUCUUCGGAGCCCUUGCGGUACUUGCAUUUCAGCCAUGGUUCUCGCGCAAAUUGAAACAGAAAAAUAAAGCUAUGGCCCCUGAAUGGCAUCUUCCCAUUGCUAUCCCAGGGGCCAUUUCCCUUGCCGCCGGUCUUUUGUGGCUAGGAUGGUCGGGCUACGAUCAUACAUUCUCGUGGAUUAUGCCCACUACAUCCGGCUUUUUCACAGGAUUUGGACAGCUGACCAUGUUCCUUCCCUCAAUCUCAUACUUGAUUGACACACACCCAACUAGGGCUGCAUCCGCGCUGGCGGCUCAUGCAUUCCUGAGCUCCAUCGCUGGCGCUGCAUUCCCACUUUUCUCCGUCUCUAUGUUUGAAACUCUAGGUGCAGAGUGGGCAUGUACACUUCUGGGAUGCGUUGGCAUCCUCUUGGCCUCUAUUCCACUUAUUUUCUAUUUAUACGGAGACCGCGCUCGGAACAAAUUCUACCAAUAUUCGUAG